AUGGCUUUCAGGGUACAUUCCGAUAUCUUCAGUCGGCAUUUCGAAGACUUCCGCAAGCUGAUGAGCAGCUCCGCGCUCGCAGCGCUAUCUGAGUCGCUCGAUGGCUGUCCCGUGUUGCGGACCACGGACAGCGGGACAUAUCUGUCCAAGCUCGUGGGGAUAUUGUACGAUGGAGGUGCUAGUGACUGGUUCCAUCGCAAGAUGACAACUGUCCCCUUCGAUGAAUUACGCGGGAUCGCUAUUGUCGCAGCGAGAUACAAAGUGCGUGCCGUCAUCGAUGAGGUUCUAGCCCGACUUUCGCAGUGCUUCCCAUCGAGCGAUCUAUCGAGGUUCAAUGGCAACCUGGACUUCAGCGGCUGGCCCAACCCACCCAUCGGCAUUCGGCAGGAGGACGCUAUUGCUGCUGUAAAGCUGGCAAAGCUACUAGAAGCUCCCUUUCUACUUCCCGCAGCAUUUGCAGUAUGCGCAGGAAUCGAUUACGACUGCCUCGUGAAAGGUGUCGUGUACGGAGACGAAGUCGUGCGCCUUGACGACGAGGAGCUUCUUUCAUGCCUUGGCGGACAGGGCUUGCUGUUGGAGGAAAAUACACAAGUCAUGAAGACGCUCUUGGAGUUCAUUGUUGCAGCCCCUUCGUCCCUCAAGGACAAAUGUCGCAAUCGCUCAGAUUGCAACGUUGCGAUUGGGAAACUUGCGCUUUCAGCUGUUGAGAUAGGCCAUUUUGCAACUCCAUGCGCUUUGGAUCCCAUGGACGGCUGGUUUUCCGACGUGUAUCAGGCACGGCCGGAUCUGAAGCCGUGCACUCAUUGCCAGAAAGCGCUGCAGAACACCGUUAACAAACGGCGGGAGGAGACAUGGCAAAAACUUGGAGGGAUUUAUGGUGUGGCACCAUGGCCUGUCGCUAACAAGUGA